AUGUCAGAGCCAGGUGGGCAUCGAAGGCAGCCACCAAGUCCCCUGGUAUUCGGCCCAGACACCGUGUUGUCCCCAAUUCCCCUCCAGGCUCAGUCGAGCACAGCGAGCAGCCAUGGUUCAGGAUCCAACACCGUCUCCAUGCCCUUCGUCCGACGUCAUGUAACCAGACGUCUCAAGGCCGCCAAAGCAGAGUGCGACAAGGAGCUCCAACGAGUCACCAACAACGUCACCGCCUUCUUUGAAGAGCGCCUACGGGAAGGUGAUCAGGACAUCGACCGUGACCAUCGAGAACGUCCAGCAGAAGGUCGGGACCGCGAUUCCCAGCUUGGUGAUCACGACCACCUUCGAGAACCCUUCGUCUUUCAAACCGCGGAACUUGGGACGACCGCUCACAACGACGAGUAUAGCUCAGAUGGCGGGUAUGAGGCCGAGUCAGAGUUUAGUCGGCACAGUCGUCAACGUGGCAUCAGUCCAGAUGAGCCCCGGCUCGCAACGGCGACAAUCCGCCGCUCCCUGGGACAAACCAGUCAGCUCAUCGGUCUCCUCCAGUGUGGUCGGGUCAAGCCCUGCCUCUUCCACGAUUUUGCUUCCAGAAGCAACCGUCGGGAGGAGGCAGAAUACCGUUACACCAGCCACUACCUCGUGGUCCUCCGGCGGCAGCUCUUCACGCCGCUUGUCGAGGAGCAUUCAUAUCCCACCACGGCCAACCGCUUCCGGACAGAGCUCUCGCUCAACCUCACGUUCUCGGUCACCAUUGCCUCCCACCUCUUCUCAUGCAAGUUUCUCGGAGCACGCUAA